CUUGCCAAUAUCAACCAUGAAUCUGUUGCUGAUUACUCUCAGCGCUGCCCUGCUGCUGGGAUCCUCCUGUGUAAAUGGCGGCGUGAUCUACGGUCGCUCCUACGGUCUUGGCAGCGGGUUAGGUUUGGGAGGUGGUUUGGGAAGCGGUUUUGGAGGCGGUUUUGGAGGCGGUCUUGGAGGCGGUCUUGGAGGCGCUUUUGGAGGCAGCUUAGGAGGCAUCGGCUUGGGUCGCAGCAUCGGGCAUGGUUACGGAAUUGGGCUGUGGCCUAGAUAUGGUUUACGCUAUUAUGGUCUCGGACUUGGUCACGGAAUCAGUCUUGGUCACGGAAUCGGUGUUGGUCACGGAAUCGGUGUUGGUCACCGAAUCGGUCUUGGAUCUAGUUUUGGUCUUGGAUCUGGUCUCGGUCUUGGGUCUGGUCUCGGUCUUGGAUCUGGUUUCGGUCUUAGAUCUGGUCUCGGUCUUUAUGGGGGUGGACAUGGACACGGAUUGUAUGGCCGCCGCUAUGGAUACCAUGGUUAAGAGUGAAAAUUUGUUGCACUGUGAAGUUUCUCGGCACAAAUAACAAGAAAUGGUUUAGUGGUGCCUAUUUGUGAUACCUGGAGUUUGCCUGGAGAGAGUUCCAGGGGUCAAAGCCCCCGCGGCCCGGUCUGUGA